AUGAGAACAAUUAAAAAUGCCAAUAGAAGAAAUGAAAGAACUUUAUUAGCUCUUGAAAAUAGAGAAAGAAAAAUUGAAAAUGCACUAGAUAUUUUAUACAAUGAUAUGAAACUUGCAGUCGAUAUGGCAGAUAGAAUGAAGAUAGAAACCCAAAUUGAUAAAUUACAUAAAAAUAUGGAUAAAAUUAGAAGACAAAAAAGAACUGUUUUAAGAAGAAUGAGACAAAUGGCUGAUAAGAUUGCCCUUCCUGAUAGAGAUAGAUUAGUUAGAAAAACAAGAAUUGAGCAUAGAGUUGGACUUGAAGAAAAUACUCAUAUUAGAAGAGAAAUUGAACACAACCAAAAACUCCUCUUAAAGGAAACUCAAUCUCUUGCUCAUAAAUAUGCUAAGAUGGCUGCUGAAAUUGCUUCAGAAAAAUUAGUUAAAACUAUUGAUCAUAAGAAAGAGGGUGAUAUAUUAAAGGCUAAAGAAAAAUUCAGGAAAGUAGCUAAAAAAGCUUAUAAUAAAUAUUAUAAGAAAAUUGUUGAAAGAAUUGAAGAAGUUACUUCUGAAGGUGUUAACAAUGUUGAUAUUAAGAUGGUUUGUAGAUCUGCUAUCGAUGGAUUAAUCAGAAAACUUGAACACCAAUAUUUAACUUUUGUCAGAUCAAGAAAUGAAGCUAAAAAAGAAGCUAAAAAAGUCCUUAAAAAACCAUUAAGAAAAUCUAUGAAGACUCUUAGUAAGAAGUUCAAGAGUACAAUAACUAAAAAGACUGAAAAACAAACAAAAAAAGAAGCCAGUAAAGUUACUGACAAAAUUGUUUCUAAGAAAUAA